GCCGCUGAACCAGCAUGGGCCCUAAGGCAGACGACUUCUCCGGGCCCCUUGAAAUUGUAAUAGUAAUUUUUUUCCAGUAUAUAUUAAUAUACUUACAAUUUGAUUGUCAAUAUCUAUGUUUCAUUCAGUAAAGUAAUAUAGACUGUGCACUAGGAUCUACAUCAAAAAGAAGACAAGAAAAAAAAAUCCAUUGACCAUAUGGCUGGGCCCCCUUCACAGCCGCGGGCUCGGGUACAGCAUCCCCCCCAACACACACACCCCCUUCUCGUCAGGCCUGACCUCGAUUGUGUCGCAACCGAUGAAUGAAAAAAAAAAUAUCGCUUUCAAUUACAUGUCAGCACGAAUCCAUUAACAAAAUACUUGCUUGAUUCAUGCUCGGUGCUGCGAUGCCUUGCAAUAACAGUGGGGCAUCCCUCCAACCCAGUGCCCCUGCCCUCGCCAUUCAACUGUCACUUUGGUGACGUCAGCGGGCCAACCAAUCAUGGAGGCCGCGGAGAUGGCGGCGAUGUGGCUUCACGUAGCAGAACGACGAACGUGUCCUCAGACAAUGAAGGUCUUCCAUGAUUGUGUUAGUGCGGCUCCUUUGUUCGUCAGUGGUUGGUGACUUUCAGAGCUGCGGAAAUGUUCGUAAUGCUUUACCAGCAUAACACACCAGGGACAAGGACAUUUUAUUCUGCCCGAUGGACAGCUCCUAUCGAAAAUGGGUCAGCCAUGAUAUGGAAGCGGCUGUUGUGGUCUGAUUGACAGCUGGCCAUGACACAGAGGAUGCCCUGGGUGAAGAGUUGGCUUGGCUGGCUCAUUGCCUGGGACACAGAGUCACAGGUUCUGGUUACAGUGUAUGUAGAAAAUGCCAUGCAACCCCAUCGCCUCUCCCGCCAUGCUCGUCGUGUUCUCCUUACUACCAGUAUCUGGUCUGUGCUUCUGCUGGUCUUUAUCUUCUUCUUCACCUACACAGUGCUUCUUAUCUUCAUUAGACAGCCAUUACAGGAGGAGAACUUCAGUGCUGUAUUUCCUGGUAGCUCACCAUGGUCCUCAGGUCAUUCAAGACAAAGGAUCAAAUUAUUAGGAAGAGAUUUUGGAGAAGGGAUAUUUGGCAGGAAUCUUAGUGAUAAUCCUGCAGCAUUUUUUGAUGGUGCACAUGGCAGAAGAACUGUGUGGAAUGCUGAACAGCUUUAUGACACUGGAGCAGCCAUUCCUAAAUGCCAACAUGGAUCUAUGUUCCUUAUCAUUAUAACAUCAUCACCUGAUCAUUUUGAACAUCGACAAGAAAUUCGCAAAUCAUGGUGCAAUCCUGAAUUGUCCAAUGACAAAGUAAAUGCUUGGCAGUGUGUAUUUCUGAUUGGACAGACAUCCAUUCCUGAAAUAAAUACAAGGUUAAAAAGGGAAAGUGAACUCCAUCAUGACAUCCUUCGAGGCAGCUAUCUGGAUUCUUAUCGCAAUCUUACCCACAAAGUCAUGCAUGGCCUAUCAUGGGUAGCAGCCAAAUGUGAGGCCCCGUAUGUUCUGAAGACAGAUGAUGACUGCUUUGUCAAUACACAUUUGCUGCUGCAGUUUUUGCUACAUCACAAUCCACAAACCAGCAGGCUGUAUGCAGGAAACAUGUUGUUAGAUAGUAGUAGGAGGAAAGUGAUCCGCAAGCCAAAUGAAAAGUGGUCUGUACCAGAAAAGGAUUACCUCCCCGACUAUUACCCUGUCUAUGCCAGUGGCAGUGGCUAUGCCCUGUCGUUUGAUGUUGUGUCAGAAGCAGUGAAAGAGAGUCAUUUUAUAAAACCCAUUCCUAAUGAAGAUGCUUACAUUGGUAUUGUAAUGGAUCAUCUAAAAAUUAAGCCAACUAUUAGUGGACGAUUUACACUGUCUAGCAAUGGCUUGCGACUUUGCAAUUAUUUGUAUAUAUUUGUAGCACAUGGUGUUUCUCCCCAAAUGCACAAAGAAAUGCAUGCAAAUAUGAUGACUGCUGAGUCAAAGUGCAAUGAUGAUGAUGAGAUUAAUACAUGGUAUUGAUAGCAUGAAUGAACUGUCUAUACUGCUAGUUUUAACUGUAUUUCAGCUUAGUAUAAGGUAUAGCUAAAUGAUGAGAAAUGUGUGCAUGCAAUUUCUUAUAGUGCUGCUGUUAGAAUAGAAUACAGUAUACUGGCUGCUGGGUUUUUGGUUUUGUUUUUUUUUUAAUUUCUCAGUUUUGCCUGUUUGUGUAAUUUAUGUGGCUAAAAUCUUGCAUUGUCAGCUGCCACUAAAAUUAUUUAAGACAACUACAAUGGAUUAUGUCACUUCAGAUAUACUUUACUCAUACCAUGGCAAUAAGCAUGAACUUUGGUCUGGAAGCCAUAAGCGGAGUGUACUAGAUGAAGAAAGACAAAAUAUGAUAGUUUAAAUUGUGGGGCUCAUAUUUGGAGGCAAAGCAGUAAAUUAAGACAUCUUCUCUAAACUGUUUUUCAAGAUGUGCCUUAAGACUAAGAGGCUGUAUGAAAAAAUAGCUGGAAGAAAAUAGAGGCUAUACAUAGUUCACAAUUAAAUGAAGAAAAUUUUUUUCUGCAUAUUGAAAUACUUACUAUGGAUUGUUCAGCAAACACAAUGUUAUCACUGCUGCUGACCACAAAAAAUGAAUUGUGAAUGAAUUCUUAAGUUAUUUUGGUUAUUCUGUGACAAUGAUAAAUGAUAGAUUUUUUUGGUUUACCAUUUUAUGGAAGUAUUUAUCUACCAAAUGUUCUUGCAUUUUUAUGUUUAUGCAUCUUGUGCCAUUACUGCAAGUACAAUAGUCAUAACAAAUGACGUCUAGUCCAUAAAGUGAAUUAGUAAUAUUUGGCAGUUCAUCGAAUGUCUCAUGGAGAUAAAGUUUAAAUCAGAACAGGCAAUAAUUUUCUUUUUAUUACUGAUUUAAUUUUGAUCUUAUAAUUUCUGCAUGUUAUGAUUAGUAUGAAUCAUGUUGGAUAUAGUGUAGUUAAAAUGUUAGGAAGGCUUGUUCUAUACACCGGUGCAAGAAUCGUGAAAUAGCCUUGGUUUCAUACCUCUUCAUACUUUCAUACUUUGCCUUUUCCAACUAGCUGUUAUGACAUUGUAAUACUGUAAGACAUUUUCCCAUUAAAGUCAGAAUAAUCUUACGUGCAUUUAUCACUCAUUUCAGCUCAUGAAAUCUGUAAAAAUUCUUGAAACUAUCACAAAGUUACAAUGAAAGCAUGGAGGUAAAUAAGACUAAAGAGGAAUUCAAUUUUUCAGAUGAUUGUGCAUAUAACUAUACAGCAACAGUUCUUCUCACCCUGCCCUUAUGUGAAAAUCCACAGCUGGGAGGGAAUGCCGCUGUAAAAUAUUUUAUUUAGAGGUGGUGUAGAUAUUUACAAAUUGAUUUUCAUACGGUAAAUGAAGGACUUUGCCAUUUUACAAGAUAUGUUUCAUCAUUACAAAAUAAUACACUGCCAUCUGAGAUUGUUGUUGGUAGGUUAUGCACAAUGAUCUGCUCAUUAGGUUAUUCAAGAAGAUUGUUCAGCAAUGUAAUAAAAUCAAAACUAGAUUUUUACUGCAUUCAUGCUUUUAUAAUGUGUUAUCACAAUUACUGAAUUAGCAAUGUGUAAUACAAAACUUAUCAUGUAUGUUAGUGGGAGAUGGAGGAAAGUUGAAAUCACUUUAAGACAUUAAAGUUGUUCCACUCUACUAUGAUGUCCACCCACUACUUUUUACAUGGAGAAAAGGAUAUUUUUCUCAGAGAUCUGUAAUUUUUUAAUUACGUUUGAAGAAUGACCACUUAGAUUGCACUUUGACAAUGUAAGGAGUGUCGUGUUCAGGUCUGUUUUUGAAAAGGCAUCUGGACUGCCCUGGAUAAUAAAUUUUAGAAAAUGAGUAAAUCAUUGUAAAGAAAAAUUGUUAACUGUAUGUGAGAGAGAGAGAGAAAAUUACUUUACUCCAGUCCCUAAGGAUACUUAAUUAAAUAUGUGUCUUUGUAGAAAUGAAGAUUAGAACCUAUAUUCUCCAUGCUCUAUGUACAUGUAAAAUUGAUUAUUUUUGUAGACUCAUAAGAAUAUGAUAAAAGUUUUAAAAUUGCUGUGAUUUAACUCAUUUUCAUUGAGGAUAUUUCAUGUAGUCAUCUACAGAAUAUUGCUGAAGAGUGAUUCCAAACAGAAAAAGAAAAAGCAACUGAUAGGAAUACUGUAUGAUAGGAUGGCAGCAGUUCCACAAACCUUUCUAAAGUGCAGACAUAAUAUUUUAAACUUUCACAAAGGAGAAAUUUCAUAAAUAAUAGCAAUGUUCUCAUAUAGAUAUUUCAUUACUUUGUCGGGAAUCUGGGUUCAUUUUCACUUCAGAUAUGACUCUUGCUAAACAAGUCACAGCUGUCAGUCUGCCUAUUAUGAGUUAUGUAAGAUCAGCGCCUUCCAUCACAUUCUGUCUACGUGCGCUACCAACACUCUGUGUGUUUGUUCUACCCAGGCUUGAUUACUUCAACUCCUUGGUUGCUGGCUGUCCUGAAUAUCUUCUUCACAAACUCCAGAAAGUACAGAACUCUGCUGCACGUCUGGAGUUUAGAGCUAGGAAACGGGACCACACCACUCCUCUUCUUUGUUUUUUGGACUGGCUACCCAUCCAUUCUCACAUCCAGUACAUGCUGUCUGUGGUGUAUUUUAAUUUCUUUGCUGGCACCUGCCCUGAUUAUUUCUCUGAACUUUUUUCCCCUUACGUCCAGCUAGAUAACUCUGCUCCCGCUGCUCGUCUGAUGAACAUCUCCUUACUCUUCCUGUCACCAGAAUGACAACAUAUGGCCACAGGAUUUUUAGUUAUUGUGCUGUGAAACAAUAGAAUUCUCUCCCUUUCCAUAUCCACCACCUACCCACUAUUGAAUCCUUUAAACGUGCACGAAAAACGCACCUCUUCGGUAAACAUUACUCUUACUACCCUUUCCCACAAAGCUAGUCCUUUUUCACACCUUUCCCUGCUUGUCUUCCUUUUGCAAUAACUCUCAGUUCUUGUUAGUUGGUUCCUCUUUGUGUUUUCUAUUCUUAUUUUUGUUGAUCAUUAGUACUAUUGUUUAUUUUUUCUUAGUUUAUGUGUUAUUAGUUUGAUUUCCUGGUCCUCAUUUGCUGUCCAUGUCUCGUUCUUGUUCUUAGGUGCUAAAGAUCAUGCCUCUUAGGAGUGUGAGUAUGUGCUUUAAAAAUUUUGCAUUUAUUAUUAAAUGAGGUGGUGAAAACAUUGUGGUGCAAAUAUAACUGUUACUGUGGUGUAAUUUGAAUCCAUUAAUGUACAAUUUCUGUUGGUGUGCUAGGUUUUGGAGUUAUAACAAGUGCUUGUGUUUUAUAUUUUCUAAUUAAUGAAAAGGGAACAAUCAUUUAAACAUCAUUGUGGAAACUGACUGCAAAAAUAUUGUUAAUAAUAUAUCCUUAGGGACUUGUGUUCAAUACUAGCAAUGCAUUGCAAUUUGUAACCACAAAAAAAUGUGAAACUAGUGGCAACCACCAAAAAAUGCAAAACCAGUGGCAACCACAAAAGAUGUGAAACCAGUGGCAUUGGAUGUUUUUUUAGCUAUGGGGCUAUCAACAACACCAUAAGGGCUAAUUUAUUUAUCAUAUUUCAUUAUAACUAAGAUGCUCUGUUGCUUUUAUGUUAGAUGAUGUACAAAGUGUUGUCUAGUCAAUUUUUUUGAAUUGUUAAGCUUUAUCUCUGCUUUAAUAUUUUAAAUAUUAUUUUGAUGGCAUGUUCAGUCUAGUUCAAAGAGAAUUUAGUGUUGGUUGUGCAUUGUAUUGUUUAUUCUGUCUAUGGAGACUAGACCAUUAUAAAGCUUACAAGUAAUUUCUGUUGUUUAAAUGUAAAGCUAUGCCAUACAGUGUUUCUUUAUGAGAUAUAUGUUUGAAAGAUUGCUUGCCAUCUUGUAUAGUUCUACAAUUUUCAUUUCCUGAGACUUUUUUUGUGUUGUUUCCAUUUGUGUUGUUAAAGAUGUGGUUUAUAAUUGUGUUGAUAUAUUUUUAUCAUAAUGCAUUCAUUUUCCUUUUACUGCAAAGGAGUGACUGAAAGAAAGCAGAAUAUUUUGGUGCUGUUAAUUUUCUUGGCUUUAAAUGAAAUAAUUCGCACCAAUUUUUUAACAGGGCAAAUUUUGGCAUUCAAGAGAUGAGCAACCUGUUUAAAAGAUAGAUCGAUAGUGUAAGGUGGAAGGUAGUUGUUUACAUGUGUCUUUAAGUGUGCAAAUAUGUAAACAUCGUCAUAAGCAGAGGCAGAAACAUACAAUAUACACAAAGACACACAUCCAGUUUGAUAGCUACCAAUAUAGUUGACACCUCACUUUAAGAAUUGUGAGAUUCUUUAAAUAGUGCCAUUUGAUUUAAUUGUAAAUGGUAUCUUCUUAAUUAGAGCCUUCUUGGCUUUGUGAAAUUCUUUAUUUACAAUUUGAAGUAAAUCUAAUGAUGAUCUCAAAAUAAGUUUGUGUUUCUUGUAUGAGAUUAGCAUUGACAGUAAAAAAAAUUUAGGAUUGUUGCACCCCUGUUGCUUUUGUUCUGUAUAUUUCUAGGAAUGUCUUACGGAGAACCAUUUUGCCUCCUCAUAAUGAGUACUUGCCAGUCUUUUCCUCUUCUAUUGAAAUAUGUCAAUAAAACAGAAGGAGAAUUCUGACUGAAAUUAAUUUUUUUGCUGAUGCAUUUUGCAAGAUUUAUUUAAAUGGAAAAUUGUGUGAAAGGGAAGAUAAAAAUUGUAUUUGACAUUUACCUUUGUGGGCAAAUAUUUCCACACAUUCUCUCUCAGCAGCUGCAACACCUGAUGAAAAAAUAUGAUGUCUUCAUAAUUUAUCUUUGUAUGUUCUGUUCUAGUGUUAGAUAGAAAACAAAGAUUAUACAUUUUUUCCCUUUGGGGCUUUUUUUUUCUCCCAAAAAUAUUUUUAGUUUUAUUUUUGCAGAUCCAGAAUUCCCACAGUAACUCUUAUUGUAGAUCAAAUGAAAAGUUUUAAUUGACUUUGCGCUUGCAUGAGCUUUUUAUGGCUUGGCUUUAAUGGUUUCAUGUAACUCUGAAAGUAUUUUCAUUGUUCUUGUCAUUUCUAUUUGGAGAAUUCCAUAAAAUGGAAUGCACUAUU